AUGUGUGGCACAGAGAAGGCUCGUGUGGUGAAAAGCUCCUCGUCAUCUGCUGGUCUUGAUCACUCGGAAACAAGAGAGAAUGGCACAACCCUCUCAUCCCAUUCUGUCAUUAACCUUGACCAUGGUGAUCCAACCAUGUUUGAGGCCUACUGGCAGCGAAUGGGUGACAAGUGCACUGUGGUGAUCCCCGGCUCUCAGUCAUUGAGCUAUUUUUCCAAUAUGAAGAACUUAUGCUGGUUUUUGGAGCCAGAAUUGGAGGAAUCGAUCAAGCGAGUGCAUCAUGUAGUGGGCAAUGCAGUGACCAAAGAUCAUCAUGUGGUGGUCGGAACGGGUUCAACCCAACUCUUUCAAGCUGCAUUGUAUGCACUCUCCCCUUCUGAUGCACUGGAACCCAUCAGUGUGGUCUGUGCCAUUCCUUACUACUCGUCCUAUGCAGCUGUGACGGACUUUUUGCGCUCAGGGCUUUACAAGUGGGGAGGUGAUGCACAUGCCUUCGAUAAGGAUGGUGCUUACAUUGAGUUGAUCACUUCCCCAAACAACCCUGACGGCAAUACUAGAGACGCCAUUGUCAAGAGAGGAGGCGGCAAGCUUGUCCAUGACCUUGCCUACUAUUGGCCCCAAUUUACUCCCAUUACCAAACCAGCUGAUCAUGAUAUUAUGCUCUUUACUGUCUCCAAAUCUACCGGACAUGCCGGAUCACGCAUUGGAUGGGCUCUCGUGAAGGAUAAAGAUGUGGCAAAAAAGAUGACAAAGUUCAUAGAGCUCAACACAAUUGGUGUGUCAAAGGAAUCCCAACUUCGAGCUGCAAAGGUCCUAGGUGUCAUUGCAGAUAGCUGCCAAUCCUGUGACACUCCGGACUCAGAUAAUGUGUUUGAAUAUGGUAAACUUAUAAUGUCUGAGAGAUGGAACAAGUUAAGGGACGUGGUGGGACAAAGCGACAUGUUCAGUCUGCCUGAGUACGCGAAAGAAUACUGUAAUUUCAUGGGGAAGUUCACUGAAUCAUAUCCCGCCUUUGCAUGGAUGAAGUGCAAUAGGAAUAUAGAGGACUGUGCAGAGCUACUUCGAGGACAGAAGAUUAUAACCAGAAGCGGAGAGCGAUUUGGGGCUGAUUCAAAGCAUGUUAGGGUUAGUAUGGUAAGCAAGGAUGAAGAAUUUAACCUCUUUAUAGAGAGGUUGCUGGCUAUUCAAGAGACCAGUAAUGAGUAUCAUAUUUGA